AUGCAGGAGUCUCCAGGUGCUGUGGGGGUGGACGGCGGCUAUGCCAGCAACGUCCCUGCCUUCCUCACCAAGCUGUGGACGCUGGUCGAGGACCCGGAUACCAACCACCUCAUCUGCUGGAGCGCCACGGGGACGAGUUUCCACGUGUUCGACCAGGGACGCUUCGCCAAGGAAGUCCUGCCCAAAUACUUCAAGCACAACAACAUGGCCAGCUUCGUGCGGCAGCUCAACAUGUACGGCUUCCGGAAGGUGGUGAAUGAGCAGAGCGGCCUGGUGAAGCCCGAGAGGGACGACACCGAGUUCCAGCACCUGUACUUCCUGCAGGGCCACGAGCACAUGCUGGAGCACAUCAAGAGGAAGGUGUCCAUCGUGAAAAGCGAGGAGACCAAGGUCCGUCAGGAGGACCUCAGUAAACUUCUGUAUGAAGUUCAGCUCCUCCGAACGCAGCAGGACAACAUGGAGUGUCAGAUGCAGGACAUGAAGCAGCAAACGAAGUUGCUGUGGAGGGAGGUGGUCUCUCUGAGACAGAACCACACACAGCAGCAGAAGGUCAUGAACAAGCUGAUUCAGUUUCUGUUCAGCCAGAUGCAGUCAAACACUCCCAGCACUGUGGGACUGAAGAGAAAGCUGCCCCUCAUGUUGGACGACGGCUCCCCCAGCCCUCCUGCCUCCAAGUUCAGCCACAGCCACCCGAUGGAGUCCCUGCACGAGCCCUUCUACAUUCAGUCGCCUUCCAGCGACUCUGCUUCCUGCUCCACCAGCGGGCUGACGGGCGGACCCAUCAUCUCGGACGUCACCGACAUGUCUCAGGCCGGCAUGGCGCUCCAGAUGCAGCCCGAUGAGAGCAGGGAGAAGUGCAUGAUGCUCAUCAAGGAGGAGCCCGUGAGUCCAGGAGUGAGAGGAGGGAAGGGAGCGGGAGGCGGAGGAGGAGGAGGCGGAGGCGGAGGGGAGGCCGUGCCGCUCACCUCCUCCUGUGAGGUCUGCUCCUCCGAGCCGCCGGUGCUUCCCGUCGCCAUGGUCCAGUCAGUCCUGGAGGGGCGGAGCUCCGCAGCCUCGGCGGUGGAGAGGCGGAGUAAGAGAGCUGCCCUGGACAGGGUGGAGGCGUCCGACGCCGUGGAGAACGUGGACAUGAGUCUGGAGGAGCUGCAGCAGCUGCUGCUCAGGAGUCACCCGCAGGGCGCCGUGGAGGCGGCCGGCGGCGCCGUCAUGGAUCCCUUCAGUUUAAGCCUCCCUCUGGCCGAGUGGAACUUCACAGAGAUGGAGUCCAACCUGAAAUCAUACAUGUUUCAGAGCCAGGAGGCCGAAGCGUUUCCCGCCGCCGGCUGUGACGAGCAGUGA